ACGCGUCUGCUCCAUUCCUUGUCCCACAUCUGUGUCGGGUCGGCUUUCCUGCGAGCCGCUGCCAAAUUUUCGGCGCUCUCCGCCCGCCCCGAGUGACCCCUCGUCCGCCCGCCGGAUUUUGAACGCGUGUACGGGACCCCUGCACCAUGAGACCGCGGGCUCGGGCCCGAAUUCCCGCGGACAGCCCGCUGGCGAGCUGAGGAACGGACCCACGUACGGCGGAGCUACUUCCGCACACCUACAACAUAUACUACAGUCGGAAUCAGCCACUCUUGAUCAAAAAGGAUGGAGACCGAACUCGAAGUCUCGAUCCUGGGCGGAUUUCCGUGGGGAUUUUCUCUAACAGGUGGAGCAGAGUAUGGCGAACCUCUCACCAUCAACAAGAUUGAAGCUGGGGGGAAAGCAGACGUAGGCGGACAGAAGAGACUGAAGGUUGGAGACGAGGUCCUGUACAUCAACAAGACGUACUGCAACACACGACUCCACGCCGUACAACUGGUGAAGAGCGCCUCCAAAACGCUUAACCUGCAGGUCAAGAGACGAGAAUCGCAGGCUGACAUUGUCCCACCCCCGCCCACAGAGGAGCCCAAGCCUGUCCCGGUCCAGGAGAAGGGAAGCAUGCACACCGAGUCUGUCACCAAGGUGGUGCAGUCCAGCGGAUACGGGGGAGUCAAGCACAGAGUGAAAAAACGGCAUGACCCGCCUGAGCGCCCCAGGUCCUGGCACUCCACUCACGAGGCAAUAAACAGCCACCCUGACGUCGUCCCUGACUGGGAACCCAUGCCGGUCAGCAGCAACCAAGCAAGGUACUCCCAGCAGAGAAGGGACAGAGCUGCUUCCUCCUUUGACUCGACAGGCAGAGACAGCAGCAGCAUGUUCCACGGGAGCAGCAUGGAGAACAUGUCCAAAUCCAGCUUCGUCUGCGCAAAGUACCAGCCUCCUGCCAGUGCCGGCUUCCCGAAGAAGUCAGGAUCUGUGUACGACAAACUGUCCAGCACGGCUGGCAUCAACUACAAAGACAGUCUGUCCACGAAAAAGCCGGAGGAAGAGGAACAACAUCAGUACCCCCGCUCUCAAUCACUAACAAAUAUGAAGGCCAAAGAACUGCAGCAUGCAGACAUGAGGUACGUGAAGACGAUGUACGUCCCUGGCACGAGGCCAAAGGAGGAGGAAACCGUUUUCAGGCCAACGUCGACGUCUCCGUCGGAGAGGAAACGUAACCGGAGCUCCGGGUCGUCCUCAGACUUCCAGCAGGGGGGGAGCAACCGCAAUAGCCUGGGGGUGGACAUCCCGGCGCCCCCCUGGAGACGCAGCUCCACCUCCCCCUCCAGCUCCUCUUCCAGCACCACCUCCCCCCAGCUGGGUCCGCAGAGCGCCCGGUCCCCACCCCCACCGCCCGUGCGCGACCAGUCCAGCCACAAGGCGGUCUCCAACAUGGUGCACCAUUCCAAGUAUCCGUCCUGGCCCGGGCCGUCGUCUAUGUCUCCCCCGGAGCCUCCCGCAAUGUCCAGGUCGCAAGACAAUCCGCUGAAAGUGUUAAACAACCCUCCCGCCGGCCACCGAACGUCGCCGGACUAUGUGAACCUGGAGGUGUUCCAUUACAACGACCAAAGAGGGAACCACGGAAAGCGUGGCUCGCACGGGGACCAAUGGGGAUCGUUCUCCCAGCCUUCCAACCACCAACGGCCGUACCCGCAGCUUACCGCUGUGGUACACCCAGUCCAACCUGUCCAGCCAAGCUACGCAGACACUGUGGAGAUUGGUCAGAACGGCACCUAUAAGGUACAGAAGGAGGGGGGUAGGGAGACGGAGAAGGUGGAGUUUAGGGUACAAAUUAACAUGGACGGGACUCCGAGAUAUCCCAGUGACAGAAGAGUGCCUUCCCCUCCCGAGAGAGACUUGUCUCCCGAAAAGCAGGUCUCCCCAGCUGCAAAGCAGGUCUCUCCAACCUCAAGGGAUCAGAACUUGAACUACAUCAACAACCUGCAGAAGAAGAGCCCGAAAUACGAAGACUCUGGGUUCUACUAUGAAGAGAAGCCCACAGAGGGCACGGUGGCCGCACAUAACUAUCGCAAUGAGAGGGAGAGGCAACAGGGAGCAAACCAAUGGUACAAUAACAAAAGCAAUAACCACUACAGCCGGGAGUUUAAACACAUGGAGCCACCAGACCACGACAAACAGAAGCUGACAAAGGAGGUUGGUAAACCCGAACCCAGACACUCCUCACUUACAGCACAUCACUCAAGCAGCACAGAAAAUGUCACGAGGGAAGACAGCAGUCAGAAGACCGCUGUGCAGCUCUUGAGGAGCCAGUUUGAAGAUCCCCUCAAGACACGUUCGAUUCUGAGAACAGAGACUGUUAACUUUGGUCAGCCUACGCAGCCAGCCCUCCCUGGAGGGGUGAAGAAGAUCGCGAGAGCGCAGAGCGAGCGAGACCUGGAACGCAAAUGGUUCCGGGACAUGAAGAAGGAACGCUCCAUGCGCAACGUGAACGGUGGAAUCAACCACCAAGACACCCCACUCAUCUUUAACCUGUUCAAGGAGGGCAAAAAGGACCAAGAUGCAAAACUCAAGGAGAAGCGGGCUUCCACUGAGAUGCUGACGGCACAUGCAAAGAAAUCUGCCACCCUGCCUGACAACUUGAGAUAUAACCCUCCUACGUUUGACUACUGGAGGCAGAAGGAGAAGGAACAGACACAACCCAAGGGUAAGAAGACAGACCAAGUAGGGAGGACCGAUGACCAAAAGGUGAGGAUGCAAGAUGAAGCCGGGUACAAAAAUUACCUGAAAGAAGCGCAGGAUAAGGUCCUUAACCGGACGUCUUACACAAAGACUGAAUUUGAACACGUAAGACAGAGAAGUGGUGGUAGCUGGAGGAGCGGCUCUGCAGAAAAUUUGUUAGACAUCGGGGAGAGAUCUCCAAGUCAGCACAGCCCAACGAGCCCUACAUGGUCCACGGGAGAACCAGCAAAGAGAAGAAGUGGGUCUGCAGACAACCUCUUGGAUGUUGUGGACUCCCGGGUCUCUCCUACACGGAGAAGCCCCACACACUCUGUGUCCAUGGAACAGCUUCACACUCCCGUCGAGCCAAAGGAGACGGUCGUAAGAGAAGCCAGGGAAAGUCCCGUCUCCCCAAGCCAGUCUCUAGCUCACCUAGAGGGAAUCAAAGAGACGGAAGAGCAUCCUGAAGAGAGGAAGAGUCGGACCGUCUCAGACCCGCAGAAGCCAAGAACGAAGAGUGUGUCUGCAGGGCAUCUCCGGCACAGGACGCCUGAAUGGGAGGCCAAACGGCAGCAGUGUAAGUCCGAACCCGACCUCUUGGGAAGUCAGGAGGCCCAGAGUCAGCAGACGCUGGACAGUCAGUACGGAGGGUCGGUCACGUCGCUGUCUAGUGAGCACCGUUCCGAUCCUGACGGAAGAGAAGAGGAGAGGAUGAGGAUGAGGGAGGCGUUGAAGUGGUUCUAUGAGAAGAAGACGGGGAACAAGGUCCACGGCAUCAACAGAGGAGCCUCCACCAGCAGCAUCAACAGCGACAGCGGUUACACGAGCAACAGGAACUCCCUGGCGUCGCAGAGAGCAGCUAGCGUGAGCUCGCUGGAAGGCAGCCGGGUGCAGACGCCCGUGGAGGGUGCGAGAAAACCCCGCCCAUCCUCGGGACAUGUUCGCGACCCAGUACCGCAGCAGGCCCGCGACAAGGCGCAGUCCCUGCCUCGCAUGACCGGCCCACCCAACUUCCAAGGGCUGCAGACCAUGCCCGUUCCAGGGGGGAAAGAGAUGGUAGGGAGGCCGACCGCUCCUCAUCCCUGGAAGGACAGGAAAGUGAGUGCUCCUCCAGGACAUCUGCAUCAGACCAUCGCAGACUUCAGACCGGCAUCACCAGCUAAAGGCAGGGCCGCUUCGGUGUGUGACACGUCUGAUACCAGACCUCUCAGACCGCAACACGGCAUCCCUGUGGUCAAGCCUACCCCAUCUCCCACAGAGACAAAAGAAGUGGACAGAAACAUGCCCAGUCCACAGGACAGACUGCCGGGCGACCGCUCAUCUAAGGAUUCCUCUCCCUCAUCAACCGAGGAGAGGCCGGGUAGGGGGUUACCAAAGGACGGUGACAGAAGAAAAGAGUCCUCUCCUCCAUACCAGGAGGGCAGACUCAGGAAAGUCGGAAGGAUGGAGGAGGAAAGCUCCUCUGCAGAGGACGCAAAUUCUGCAAAACACCAUCCACCUAGAGAGGCAAGGGAGGCCCCAGUGGCUGAGGAGAGAGUACAGGAGCAGGAACCAGUGCAGAAUACGCCACAUGUGGAAGUUAAACAGAGGCAGACCAAAGAAACUGUGGUGACCAUUACACUCCAGCAGAAGCAGCAGAAGCCGUUACCGCCUGUUCCUGAGAAGGAGGUUUUACCAAACGGAGUUCCUGAGGAGAGGAGAGACAGCGACAACAUCUUUGUCUUCCCUCAAGCUGAGCCUGCUCCAAGUGACAGGAAACUCAGCAAUGGCUCGAGCACGAGCGGCAGCGACGUGUUCAUCGAGGACAGCACCUGCAGUACCAACCUCAGACACAAGGAGGCACUGGUGGCGGCGAAGUCGCCCACCAGGAGCUGGGAGGAGAAGAAGGCCGUCAACGGCGUCCACGAGGCCAGGGUCAGGAAAAUCUCCCCCCUGAAGGAGGAGCCGCUGCCCCCGCCGCCCCCCUCCCCACCCCCUGCGGAGGUUGAACCCCCCACCAUGGAGUUCCUGGCGGACUUGCCGCCCCCGCCCCCUGAACUGCUGCAUGAUGAGGAGGGUGGGGCCGACAUGGAGUCACCACCCCCUCCCCCGCCGGUGGAAGAAUCACCUCGACAGGACGACCACAGGCACCACAGCUCCAGCCCAACCACAACCAGACCUGACCACAUCUCCCCCCACAGACACCACUCCGGGUCCAGCCUGCUGCCCAGAACAGUCAGCCCCUCAGAGAUCUCCUCCCCGACAGACAGCUCCGGCUCUAAGACCCCCUCACCCCCCAGCUCCGAACACAGCCGGUCUUCUUCAAGAUCCAGCUCCGAGAAGAGCGGCUCCUCCGACUCCCAUACUGUACCUGACAGAGACUCCUCGCCUAGUAUAGGAUCGUCUGUGUCUAGUCUGAAAGAUGAGACUGAGAGAACACGACAGCCUAGUGGAGAGAAAAGGAUAAGCAUCUCCCCCAUCCAUAUAAGACAGAAGACUCCGGAGGAAAUAAAAACAGAUGAACUGGCCAAAGACAUCAUUGACAGAUGUGACGACAAGAACCUGAAGGAAAUCCUGAUGGAGCCGAACCACAAGACGGCAGACUACAUGCGGGAGUGUUUCCCCGAGGCCGUCCAACCCCGCCAGCCGUCCGAGCGGAGAAGAAGCAGCGCAGCUUCUCUCAGGGGGAAGUCUGGAGAGGGGAAAACAGCGCAGCCUCUGAAAACAAGUAGGAGCCUGUCUGAGACCCAGCUGCCUCCCACCUCCCCGUACUUCACCGAGUCGUCUGCCAAGGCCAAGAUGAUGCUGGAAAUGAGAAGACAGCAGGAGGAGGAGGAGGCUGAGGCUCUGGAGGAGGAGGAGGACCAGGAGGUGCUGGACCAGAAGAAGAUGGAGCUGAUUGACAGCAUCAGUAAGAAGCUGGAGAACCUGCGGAAGGCGGAGGACCUGAUCCGGGAGGAGAUCGAGCUCAACAACGAGCUGGGACAGCAGGUGACAGAGUGGGCGAAGGACAAGACGAAGUCUAAUGAGUUUGACAAGUACCAGCGGUUUGUGGAUGAGCUGGACAAGAUCACCAACCUGCUGCUGAGUCUGUCGGGUCGUCUCGCCAGGGCACAGAACGCCCUGCAGAACAUAGAGGAGGGAACGGACCCAGCUGAGAAGAGGGAACUGCAGGACAAGCGUGACCGCCUCUCGGACCAGUACGACGACGCCAAGAAGCUGAAGGAGAACAUCGACAACCGGAAGGACGCCGUCUCCAAGAUCCUGUCCGAGUACUUCAAUGAGGAGCAGUUUGCCGACUUCGAGCACUUCAUCAAGAUGAAGUCACAGCUCAUCAUGGAGUCCCGCGAGCUGGACGACAAGAUCAAGCUCGGGGAGGAACAGCUGAGGUGCCUGCGGGAGAACCUGUCCAUGGAGACGUGAAGAAGCAUUGUCAUUACCACGGCAACAGGGUUUCCAUGGUGACCCAGUUUCCCUGGCGACCGGCUCCUCCAGUUUGUAGAGACUUGUACAGAAGUGAUCAUGAUCAUCAACGAGAACAGCAAAUCUGAAACACCUUCUUCUGGUUGUAACUAAGUUUUCUCAGUCAGGACUUCCUGAAAACCACAGCUUUUCAAGCACUAGCUGCAGGACCAUUGUGAGUCAGUAGGGGGCAGCAGACAGAAGGGGAGUGCUUGCCUCUGUUUGUCCCUUGUGUUAGAAAUGCCAAACUUGAACAUAUUUGACAAAGAAGAGAUAAUAAUUAUGACCUAUGUAUGAAUCUUUCAUGAUAGUGAAAUUUUUGUUUGUCCACACAUCUCACAGCAUUGUUGUUGUUGUUGUGCACAUAACCUGAAGGAAAAUUUGUUCCUUUUGUACAGAAUUAUGUAUAAUGUAAGAAGUGAUCAUUGUGUCUUAGCCUGUGAUUUUGUGCUGUCUGUGCAAAGUGCCAAGGAAGUUAGCAAGUGGGCAGAACUUCAAAUUUUAUAGUGACUCUUUUGGUAGAGAGAGAGAAGAGAUAUUCUGUCCACCGCUAUUGUAUUAUUGUAAAUAUGGACUGUAUUUCCGUCGUGCUAGCAAUAAGAGGCCUGUAGGCAUGUGAGAAUGGUUGGAGGCUGUUUUCGCCGGCUUGUUGUAUAGAGUAAGA